GCGGGGCCGAGGGGAGGCGGGCGGCCUGGCGGGCAGCCCCUGGGGGACGGGGCCUCCCCGGGCCGGGCCGGGCCCAGGCGGCCUCCCGGGGCGGCAGCUGGCGGUGAGCGGCGUUGCCCCGCAGGCACCCCGCGGAGCCCGCAGCCGUCGGUAGGCUCCCCUGGCCGGGCCAGUCCGGCAGCUGGUGCUUGGGCCGGGCGCUCCCCGCAUGUCCCGCACCAGGAAUCCGUAAUGCGGGCUGGGCGUGCACGUCCGAAGACUAACGAAGACGUUCACCUGAAGUUUAAGGCUGCUGUAUUAAUGUGGUAGCUAAGUACGACGUUAUGGUUUUAAAAAGGCGUCACGCAGUUGUGUUUUGGUUGGUUUUUUUUUUUUAAAAAACAUGCACUAAACUGGAAGAAUAAAGCUGAAAGAAAGUAAGUCCAGCAUUUUAGAUAGGCCUCACCUGGACUUCAGGUCAACUGUAGUCAAACUACUGAACCAUCUUCGGGUUUUGGUUCUUUUUUUUAUAUUUUCUUAGACAAAUUAAGAUGAAAACUACUUUGGGAAUGAAGUUCCUUUACAUAUAGGAAAGCUCUUGGAUGAUUUAGUCUCUAAAUCUCUACUUGGACUCCAGGUUUUGCUUAAAAUUGCGUUUGCAAAAGUCAACAAAUGUUUAAAAGUGGGUGUACACAUUCUGUGUUUUGGAUCUAAAUGUGAUUCGCUCAGGUAUGUAACUCAGAUGUUGAAGCCUGAAACUUUUAAGGCAGUUGGUUUUAAAACCAAACACAACACUCCCCUGCCUUGGAACAGUCUUUGCUUCAGCAGUCAGUCUUAACAGAAAUGAGUUACAAAUAGCUAUGUUUUAAAGAAUAAAUCAGAUAUUGAAAUCUCCCAUUAAAAUUGUCUGAAUUGUUGUGUUAAAUUGUCUUAAAUUUAUUUGGUAAUAACUGCAUGAUGGGAUGCAUUAAUCAUUAAAAUGCUCCUUUUUCUCUUUUCACCAAAAAGUUGACCAUGUGUUUUGAACAGAAAAAUACUAAUGAUUAAUAGCGUGGUUUAGUAGUACGCCUUUUUGAUAAUUGCCUAGAAGGCGUAGCCAGGAAGAGGGUGUUGCAUUCACGUCCAAGCUGUUAUUUUGCAAAUAUUUGGUACUUAAGCAGACUUUGUGUCUUUCCACUAGGAGCAGGCACAUUCCCCCACCCCGGUACCUGGCACAGCACGUGGGGCAGCAGCAGUGGAGCUUCGCUUUCACAUUUCUCAUGAUGUGAUCACAGCAAAACUCCGCUUGGCACAAGCUGAGCUAGUCAGAGUAGUUUUCUGUCAGAGCGGCUGCUUGCCUGCGAGGUAGCUUGCUAGUGUAAUGAUACCACCAGAAAAUAAUGUAGCAACUGUAGCAAAAUAGUAAGCCAGGGGUUAGGUGGGAGCUUCCACCCUUUGCGCGUGAGCUAAACUGCUGACUUCCAUGAGUCUGUUGUCCAGAUGAAUGUUUAUAGUAUUAGCUUCUUGACUUGGAGGGAUUCCAGAAAGGAAUCAAGAUAACAGAAUGGCAUGGCAGAUGUGCUUUGGCAUAGCAGUAGUUACACGUCAGUGCUGUGGGUUGGAAGGGGAGAUGGGGAAGUCGUUCCUUUAUAUUCAUGGUUUGGAGGAGAGAGAACUGCGGGCAGGGAGGGGGCAUGUGUAGGAGUUGAACUGAAAAGCUCAAGUUGUCCAUAAAGCAAAUGUUGAUCAUAGUACAAGAAACAGCCUUGCUGACAGUGCUAUGAUACCAGAUAUAUUGUGACCUGGAAAAGGCUAGCUAACUUUGGGUUGUUAUCUAUAUAAAGUAGAAACAAAUGAAAGGUUGAGAAAACUGUAAAUAUUUUACCAACUAAUGAGAGAAAUAUUACACGAUCUUAAGCAUUCAGGCAACUCAGAAUUAAGUUUAUUUGUAUAAAACACUAGCAAUAAUAAGUAAUAUGAAAAUGCACAGUUAAAAUGAAAACUUUUAACUCUCAAUGGCAUGCAGUAACCAUUUGCUUUAACUGUAUGGUAUGUAUUCUAUUUCAAUUAAACAGAUUUUUAAUACAUAGUUUUUGCAAGUAACAUCUGCAGUGUUGUUAGGAGUUUAACAUAAUUUGGAAAUAUGUUACCAAACUUAAGUAAUUUAAACAAUAGGAUUUCUUAAGCCUGUUUUAUCUCUACACCAAUUAUUCAAGCUGGUUUUAUGCUGGGUGUCAGUCUUCAAGUCAGCCAAAGCAUAUGGGUAAAUCAGUCAGUUUGUCUUCUGUUGUUCUCUGGUUUAAAAAAUGAGAAUUUAAAAAUCAAGGGAAAAUGGAAGUUAAGUUCUGAUUUUCAGUCAAGGUGUCCUUUAUAAAUAAAUAAGUAAAAAUAAAUAAAUAGUAUAAAUAAAAGCAGUAAGCUAUAACCUAUCUUUGAGUGUUCUUGACACAUUAAUUGCUCUGUCAUACCAUUAACUCUCCAGAAGUCUCUGUAAGAUGGGCAAUUAGGUAAUUACUUAAAAAACUAUAGUGGCUACGAAUGAGUGUUCCUACAUGCUGCCCAUAACCUGUACAAUUAGAUUUACAAAUAAACUUUUCAUUAAUUACUUCAGAAGCAAAACUUAUGCUUAAAUAUAAAUACUAUACAGGGUUUUGCUAAGUUUUAACUAAGGGAAUUUGGACAACUGGAGCUCUGGAGCUCUUUGUAAUGUAUGACACUUAAGAAAAAUAGAGACAAAAAAAAUGAUGCUGAUUUUCUUGUUUCUGUACUUUCUUGUGAUCUACCAGUUGUUUUCUGCCUUAUUUUUUCUGGUGGUAUGGACUCAGCUUUAUUCCUUCAGUGACUCCUGCACCAAAAAUCAGAAGUAUGUGUGGCUCUUUUUGCAAAAGCCUGUUCUCUGAGUAAUUCUUAUUAAUUUGUCACAACAUGUUUUACGUACAGAGCAGGGUUGUGACUUCAGAAGUACUAACCUUUUUUGCCUUUAAUUAGAAAGCUCUGAACUGUGCCUCUGACAAAUUUGUGGAUUUCAGGGAUUGCGGACUGCUGUUGCUGAAAUGAUAUUACAGAAGGUGGCGAUUGCCUUGUCUUUGUUGGAUGAAACCCAAAUAUUUACUUUCAGCCGAGUGGGUAAAACCCCCUAACUGCAGUUUACAUGUGUAGGUCACUGCGUUACUGUGUUAGUCAUUGUCUCUAUGCAGCAAUGACAAGGCUAGAAGAAGCGAACAGAGAAGUGAACAUGCACUCAUCGGUCAGAUACCUUGGCUAUCUUGCCAGGAUCAACCUGCUGGUUGCCAUUUGCAUGGGCCUUUAUGUCAGAUGGGAAAAAACUGCAGAUGCAUUGAUUUUGGUAAUAUUUAUUCUGGGACUCUUUGUUCUUGGAAUUGCCAGCAUACUGUACUACUAUUUUUCAAUGGAAACAGCAAGCCUGAGUCUUUCCAAUCUUUGGUUUGGUUUUUUGCUUGGCCUUCUCUGUUUUCUUAAUAAUUCUGCCUUCAAAACGGAUGUGAAAGAAGAAGCCACUAAAUAUUUACUCCUCUCCGCCAUUGUUUUAAGGAUAUUAUGUGCUUUGGUUGAGAGGAUUUGUGGUUGUAUCCAUCAUCGACCAACUCUGCUGACAACAGUUGAGUUUUUGGAACUAGUUGGAUUUGCAAUUGCCAGCACAACUAUGCUGGUUGAAAAAUCUGUGAGUAUUAUUCUGUUGGUCAUGGCUUUGGCCAUGUUGAUUAUUGACUUACGUAUGAAGUCUUUUUUGGCAAUUCCAAAUUUGGCAAUUUUUGGAGCCAUUGCAUCCUUACUCUUUUUUCCAUCACUGCAAAUCCCCACAAACCCUUUUGCCUUGGCAUGUUUCUUCAGCUGCCUGAUUUCCGAUCCCCUUCUCGAUGUUUACUUCAGUGGACUUUCAGUUACUGAACGAUGGAAGCCCUACUUGUAUCGUGGUAAAAUUUGCAGAAGGCUUUCUGUCAUCUCAAUUGGAGUCAUUGAACUAAUCUUUUUCAUUCUUGCAGCCUUUAAACUGCGUGAUUUGGAUCUCUGGUAUUUUGUGAUACCUGGUUUUUCUAUUUUUGGAAUUUUUUGGAUGAUCUGUCAUGUGAUUUUUUUCAUAACUCUUUGGGGCUUUCACACAAAACUAAAUGACUGUCACAAGGUAUACUAUACCCACCGUGCAGAAAACAACAGCCUUGACAGAGUUAUGGCAUCUAAAGGAAUGCGUCAUUUUUGUUUAAUUUCGGAACAGCUAGUAUUUUUCAGCCUUGUCGCGACCGCUGUUUUGGGGGCCGUUUCUUGGCAGCCAACCAAUGGAAUCUUCAUGAGUGCAUUUCUCAUCGUUUUACCUCUGGAGUCCAUGGCUCAUGGGCUUUUCCAUGAGCUGGGAAACUGCUUGGGAGGAACAUGUGUUGGGUAUGCUGUUGUGAUUCCCACCAACUUUUGCAGUCCUGAUGGCCAACCAACUCUUCUUCCACCUGAGCAUGUACAAGAGUUAAAUCUGAGGUCUACUGGCAUGCUUAAUGCCAUCCAAAGAUUUUUUGCAUAUCAUAUGAUUGAAACAUAUGGUUGUGACUACUCUACAAGCGGACUGACCUUUGAUACUCUUCACUCCAAGAUCAAGUCUUUUCUUGAACUUCGCACAGCAGAUGGACCCAGACAUGAUACCUACAUUUUAUAUUACAGUGGUCACUCACAUGGCACUGGCGAAUGGGCACUGGCAGGAGGUGAUGCUUUACGACUAGACACAUUGUUGGAGUGGUGGAGAGAGAAGAAUGGCACUUUUUGUUCUCGACUCAUCAUCGUUUUAGACUGUGAGAACUCUCAGCCUUGGGUUAAAGAAGUAAGAAAAGUAAAUGACCAGUAUGUUGCUGUGCAAGGAGCAGAAAUGGCCAGAGUUGUAGACAUCGAGGAAGCAGACCCUCCACAGCUUGGGGACUUCACCAGGCAAUGGGUUGAGUACAACUGUAACCCUGACAGCAACAUCAGCUGGUCCGAAAAGGGACGUACAGUGAAAGCAGUGUAUGGUGUGUCGAAACACUGGAGUGACUACACUUUGCAUUUGCCAACAGGAAGCGAUGUUGCCAAACACUGGAUGAUAUACUUCCCACGUGUCACCUAUCCAUUAGUGCAUUUGGCAAACUGGUUUUGUGGUCUCAAUCUGUUCUGGGUCUGUAAAGCAUGCUUUAGGUGCUUGAAAAGACUGAAAAUGAGUUGGUUUCUUCCCACAGUGCUGGACACGGGACAGGGUUUCAAACUUGUCAAAUCCUAAUUAGCAACCAAAGAGAAAAUGAAGUGAGUACUCUGGGAACUUACUCACUGUACUGUACUUACAACAUUUUAUAUGACUAUUUUUCUCAAAAAAAAAAAAAAAUGUCUGCUACGCUCACUUUAUUCAGUAGCUGUUUGAGCAGCUACAGUAUAUGCAACAAUUAGAAACCACAAUCUUAAAACAGGAGAGGGUAGGACUAUGAUAUUUGAGUUUUGUUUCUGGUCUGUAUAUGUACAUAUGUAAGAGACUUACUUAAUGUGACCAUGCAUUUUGGAGACAGUUUGCAUGUUCAUGUGCGUUACUUAAAGCAGCCUUUUUCAGAGUCACCAGUUUGAUGGACAGCAGCUCCUCUGAAUGUUACAGCAUACUUAUUUGUCAUUUAUAUCCACUAUAAGGUUCAAAUAUAGGAAAGGAACCAAGCUAAUACUCAAAUCAACUUAUACGUCCUUGAAAUGGUAUUGUGGGGUCGUGGGUAUUAUGAAACAGCACUGAGCCAAAAAAAUAAGAAGAAUGAAUAGCCAUUGUAGGUAAGUAGCUAUCAAGAAUCUUUAGUUUUAUUUCCUUUUACAUCUUCAGCCCCUGCCUCAGUUCUGUACUGCCAUCAGUGGAAGUUUGCUACAGGGGAGUCAGACAACCCACUAAUGUUCUGGUGCUCCUCAGUAUUUUCUGAAGUGCAGUUUUUUAAACCUUUCAGUGUUACUUUCAGAAUUGGACCAAUGAGUUCAUUAUCUGUUAAAACCACAAGCAAAGUUGUCAGAAAGAUUGGAUUUAUUCCCUUAGGACAGAAGGGAAUCUUGAGUGUUCCUCAGCUCUGUUCUUCCAGCCACAAGGUCCCAGUCCUAAUCCUUCCACUCACAUAGCUGGAUGGGAGUCUAGAAAAUCUGUCCUAGCCUUUCCUCUUCAGUCAGAGAAUCUGCAUAACUUGCUGAUCUUGUUUUCUCAAGUACAGAAAACAGGGAGCGAAACAGCUGAGCAGCUAAGACAGUACAAUUUGUGGUGGGUUUUUUUUGUAUAUGUGUGUGCAAUCCUGUAGACCUAGAGUUUACUUUUCUCUGUUUCCAUCAGUAUUUUAAUAAAAAAGUUAGGCAUUAGCUGAUACUUGUCGCAAAUAUAACUUACUAAUAUUUUUUUUUACUUAAAUAUAUGAAAAUACUUUAGAAGAUCUUUAAGUCUUUGCCAUCAAGGGUUCUUCUAAUUUUGUUUGAACAUUUUAGUCAGCCAAGUUAGAGAACCUGCUAACACUGAUACCUGUUAGUAACUCCUGAAAAUAAAAUGUGUGAUUAAACUAAGAGAUCUGUAAUAGCCAGAGUAAUCUGCACCCACCAACUUAAAAAUUGUGUUUCUGUAGGAUUUACAAGUGACAGGCACUAAAUUUCUUCAUUAGUGUGUUUUAUACAACUUUGUUUAGCAAGGCACCACCCGCCACCCCACUUUGCCUUUCUCUAUUCCCUUCCAUGAAGUGAAAAGGUGAUAAAGAAAUGAGAUGAGAUACCCUACCAAGACUCAGUUCCCUUGGGUUGUCUUUAAGUAAAUGCUGUGAUUGCAGCUCUGUCAUGGAUUGGAGAGGUGGCUGUCCUCAGUAAGGGCCAGAGGGUAACUGCACCAUCUAACUACAAGUAGCCAACUUCAGUUCCUGACGUGGCAGCCUGAGGUAGCAGUCAUCUCAUUUAAAUUCAGUCUGAAAGCUGGACAUCUGAAUCCAUGCUAGUGACCUGAAGUGCUCCACUGUUCAUUAACAAAGAGAAUUAAAUAUUUCCAGAGGAAGACUCAUUUGAUCUCUUUAUUUUAGGAUGAAUUUUCUUGUGAUUGUGCCCAUUAGAUUUGUUUUGACUUUGCCAGAGGUCAAACAGACGAAUCAUUUAUGGCUGUUGAAUAACCUAAGAGCACUUCUGUUCCAAGUCAUCCUCUGGAGCCUGGGCUGGGUGCAUACGCUCCUCGUUCAAGCACAUAAAUUGGAUACUUGAGGUUAGAGCUUCCGUCAGGUUGCAGAAAAGCAGUGCUGUCUCCUGCAGAAGUAAUUUUCAGCCAUUUCUGGUCAACAACCCUGGGGUACAGAGAAAAAAUGAUUGUAUGAAAGCAGUCAUUUGGUUUGUAAAAUCACCAUUAUUUUGACUGCUGUUUUAGUAAAGGUUCAUCUGAUUGCAUCAUAAACUGUUACAGCUUGAGCACUAGAAAUUUUUAAUGAAGUCGCCAUAAAGCAGUGCAGUAAUACCCGAUAGUCACUCUGUGAACAUCUGAAAGUCAAGAAGUUAGUCCUUUCUGGUUUGGAAAAGCUUUGGCUAUCAACCACUACCAACUAAUUUUAAUGGGUAAAUCUUACUCUGUACCUGCUGCUGCUACAUUUUCACAGAUGUCGUCUUUCUCUUUCCUUUUGUACAUCAAGGGAAACAGGGAAAGCAUGGGACUCCUGACCUGUCCUGGGACUGUGAGCAGUGUUGGCUCUGCAGUGCAGUGAUGGGCCUAGCUUUGGGCAGAGCAAACGCAACAGUUGGUGCUGAUCUUUUGCCUCUCUUUAUUAAAUGGUUUCCAGCUAUUUUUUUCUAGGAUAGACCUGGUGAUCUUUAGCAGAUGGCUGAAAGUUAGAUAGGUAUGAGUCAGCUACAAAUAGAGCAGAAGGAUUAUUUGCAAAAUCAUGUUUUCAGAUUUGUUUCAGUUUUAUGAAUUAAAGAACUCUAGUUUUCUGAGUUUGAAAUAGUUUUAGGGUCAGCUAAGGUAUUCCUACUUUGGAUUUUGUUGUUUUUUAAACAGCGAAGACAUGGUGAAAAUGCUGAUUUAAACUAAAAUGUUUACAGCCAUUCAGACUACGAGGCCUUUUUGGGCAGAGACUGUCUUGUGUAUUUCAAAACACAGCAAAGCCAGGGCUGUGGGAUGAUGAGCCUCAGGAAUUCAACAGCAUUAAUUCUUCACUUACACACUCACCAAUACCAGGGUGUCCUACCUGAACCACGUUCCCAGUGGAGUUUUUCUCCACCUCCGCAGGUCUCUGCCCAGCCCUGGGUGCAUACUGGAGCUCCAGCUGGUAAUCCCAGUGGGGAGUUACCCCUCUGCUGUUCCCUGUAUGAAAUACAGGGGCAACGCCUGAAGGAGAAGGUUAAAUCUAAUUCCAAAGAAUGUUGCAUAUGCGGUCAGUUACAUACAAGUUGUUUAGCAGUAACAUGCUUACAAAUUGUCUGCAUGGAGAAAAUUAAACUUUUUUUAGAGGCUUGUCUCCAUACUGUAUAUUCAGACAUUUUGUUAUAAAGGUUGUUAUAAAUUUAUAUCAUGCUAGUAAUUUUAUGUUGACUUUGUUUCAUUUACCUCCUGUAUGGUGUCAGCCUUGCUGAAGCAUGCUAACGCACUGAGUCCUACAAAUGUAAGUCUUUAAAAGGAAUUCAGAUUGCAAAUUCACGGUAGUAUUUUUCACUGAGCAAGUAUUGGGGGAAAAAAAGCCAUUCUUCAUUUUUGCACUACCAGAGUAUUUGCAGUUCCUUGUGCUUUGUACACCUUGUGAUUGUGUUGUCUAGCCUUCAGUUCAAGUUUUUCCCAGAAAGUUUCUUCAACUUAAUUAAGUUUUCCCUUUAUUUUGCAAAGGCAUAAUUAAUGCUAUGCCAGCCAUAAAGCACCUCUGUUGCCAGCAGUAGACAAUGUAACUGGGUUAAUUUUCUCAUUUAUAAAUACCUUUCUGUGGGAGGAUUUUUAUGGGAUAUACCAAUUGUAGAUCUGUAAAUAGAUUUUUUUUUGUGUGUAUAUGUGAUAUUACUUAAAUAUAUUUUGCUGGUUUGGAUGCUCA